AUGUCGAAAUUAAAGAAAAAUUUAUCGAAUUAUUCGAUAGCUCGACUUGUUGGUACCGAUUCAUCGACCUUAGAUCAUAAUAUGAACAAGCCGACAAAUUCGCUAACAAAACCAUUUGAAAAUCCUACAGAUCAUCAUCGUAUUGAGAAUUAUAACUUACCUAUGAACUUACCUCCAAAAAUGAUGCAACCGAUACAACAAGGUUGGUGCUAA